AUGCGUUCCUACGUCGUUGCCGCCUUCGUCUUUGCCCUCCUCGGUGCUGGUACUCCUGUGCUUUCUGCCGCCCUCACCUUAGCCCCCGUUGAUGAUUCUACUAUUCCCGGGCUCAGGCGUUCUGAUCAGGUCUUGCCCAAGCACGCAUGCAAUGGACCGCGCUGCGCUUCUGGUGUACACCUCGCAAGGCAGCUAGAUCCAGUAUUGGCUUUGACUGCACUCUUGGCGGUUCCGGCUGUGCCUACUGGAGCUGCGGGUUCCACGCCGACAGAUACCGCUUCUACUAGUACAACGGACGUUACGAUCGAGCCAUCGACUACUACUAUUAGUACAACGGACGUUACGAUCGAGCCGUCGACUACUACUGCCACUGAUACGGUUGUAGUAACUGCGACGACGACCAGCUUCACGUCUUCGACGUCCCUCCCGACAAACAUGAUUGUACACCAUGCUCGUGACGGUGCCGAAUUCAACCUUGUAAGUUUUGGAGGUGUAGCAGGCCACUACUCGGGCUCGGAUUCAGCGACAGACUCCGUGUCGACGACGACGACAGUUGUCCCUGGUUCCGCUGGGACCACUAGUUCGUCUAUAGAGUCAACUGAAACACCUGGAUUUUUCUUCAAGCCUCUUGUCAGAAACAUCGAAGAAGACCUCGAGGAUGGCUCCAUUUCUGUAACUGCGAAUCUGUUCCUUGCCGCAGCCAGUACGAAGUCGUCAUCGGUGACUGAUACAGUCACAUCCACAUUUACGCCAAUCAGCGCGACCUCGUCGGUCGAAGCAACCACAACCGUCACGUCCACAGUAACAGACGCGGAUUCUCCAAUGAUUACCUUGAUUAUCUGAGAAACGUGGCUCGCUUUCUCGAAGGCAGUUGUUGUAAUUACAGUCCGGGUGGUUCAAGUAGACAUAUACUCAGUUCUUUCGCAUUGUAUCGCGUAUUCACUUAGUGUUAUCUUCUCGCUAGUGCUCAGGCACGUCUCUUAGAUGUUUCGGUGGCUCCCAUGAUGGAUUUGUUAUGAUAGACUAUAUUUACUUUGUUACU